CACAGGAUCCGGAGCUGGUGCUGAUAACAGCGGAAUCCCCCGUCUACCUCUCUCCUUGGUCCUGGAACAGCGCUACUGAUCACCAAGUAGCCGCAAAAUAUAAUAAACCCUCAGCACUUGCUCAGUAGUUUUGUGAAAGUCUCAAGUAAAAGAGACACAAACAAAAAAUUCUUUUUCGUGAAGAACUCCAAAAAUAAAAUUCUCUAGAGAUUAAAAAAAAAAAGGAAAAUGCCAGCUGAUAUAAUGGAGAAAAAUUCCUCGUCCCCGGUGGCUGCUACCCCAGCCAGUGUCAACACGACACCGGAUAAACCAAAGACAGCAUCUGAGCACAGAAAGGUAAGGGCGGUACCUGUAUCUCUCUGCAGCCCCUCAAAAUUAAGUAGGGGUUGGGGGGCUUCUGUCUUGAAACCCCGGGAUGAAAUGGCAGAUCCCAUGGGAACACAGAACUCUUUUUUUUAUUUGCAGUCAUCAAAGCCGAUUAUGGAGAAAAGACGAAGAGCAAGAAUAAAUGAAAGUCUGAGCCAGCUGAAAACACUGAUUUUGGAUGCUCUGAAGAAAGAUAGCUCGCGGCAUUCCAAGCUGGAGAAGGCGGACAUUCUGGAAAUGACAGUGAAGCACCUCCGGAACCUGCAGCGGGCGCAGAUGACGGCUGCGCUGAGCACAGACCCAAGUGUGCUGGGGAAGUACCGAGCCGGCUUCAGCGAGUGCAUGAACGAGGUGACCCGCUUCCUGUCCACGUGCGAGGGCGUUAAUACCGAGGUGCGCACUCGGCUGCUCGGCCACCUGGCCAACUGCAUGACCCAGAUCAAUGCCAUGACCUACACCGGGCAGCCGCACCCCGCCUUGCAGGCGCCGCCACCGCCCCCACCAGGACCCGGCGGCCCCCAGCACGCGCCGUUCGCGCCGCCGCCGCCUCUCGUGCCCAUCCCCGGGGGCGCGGCGCCCCCUCCCGGCGGCGCACCCUGCAAGCUGGGCAGCCAGGCUGGAGAGGCGGCUAAGGUGUUCGGAGGCUUCCAGGUGGUACCGGCUCCCGAUGGCCAGUUUGCUUUCCUCAUUCCCAACGGGGCCUUCGCGCACAGCGGCCCUGUCAUCCCCGUCUACACCAGCAACAGCGGCACCUCCGUGGGCCCCAACGCAGUGUCACCUUCCAGCGGCCCCUCGCUUACGGCGGACUCCAUGUGGAGGCCGUGGCGGAACUGAGGGGGCUCAGGCCACCCCUCCUCCUAAACUCCCCAACCCACCUCUCUUCCCUCCGGACUCUAAACAGGAACUUGAAUACUGGGAGAGAAGAGGAUUUUGUUGAUUAAGUGGUUACUUUGUGUUUUUUUAAUUUCUAAAAAGUUACUUUUUGUAGAGAGAGCUGUAUUAAGUGACUGACCAUGCACUAUAUUUGUAUAUAUUUUAUAUGUUCAUAUUGGAUUGCGCCUUUGUAUUAUAAAAGCUCAGAUGACAUUUCGUUUUUUACACGAGAUUUCUUUUUUAUGUGAUGCCAAAGAUGUUUGAAAAUGCUCUUAAAAUACCUUCCUUUGGGGAAGUUUAUUUGAGAAAAUAUAAUAAAAGAAAAAAGUAAAGGC